UUUAGUUCCCUUAACGGGGAAGUUGUUGGGGGCUACACUGUCCCAGCGUUCAACUUUACAGCUCCACAAAAAAAAAAAAAAAAAAACGAAACCGAGUCACUUCUUCUUCUUCUUCUUCUUGACGAUCAUUGAUUAAGUAAAAUGGGUUGUUCCCAAUCGAAGAUGGAGAACGAAGAAACAGUGGCACGUUGCAAGGACCGCAAACAGUGCAUGAAGCAUGCAGUUUCGUUACGUAACGCAUUCGCCGCCGCACACUCCUCCUACGCCACCUACCUCAAGAACACCGGCGCCGCCCUCGUCGACUUUGCUCAGGGAGAGCUCCGAAACCCUCACUUUCCUCUACCUUCCUCUUCCGCAGCCGCCUUCGAAAUUCCCCUCCCUCCUCCUCCGCUCCCGGAUUUCCCCGCCCCUCUCCGCCGCUCCGCCACCAUGCCUGAGAUCAAGCCCAUCGCCUCCGAAUCCGGCCCUGUCGGAACCAUAAUCGAAGAGGAAGAGGAAGAAGGAGACGAGGUUGGGUCUGCUCCGUCGGAUAAUCCCAUGCAACAGCACGCUGCUUUUGAGUAUUUGUUCCCGUCGUCGGAGAAGAACGGUGCUUUGAGGGAUGCAGACGUUGAACGACGUCGUUUGAAUAAGGAGGUGGAGGUUCAGAGGAAGGUAGCAGAAAACUCUGAGGACAUUGUGAGAAACGAGGGUGCUGUGACGUCAUCAUCGGGGAAGGGAUUGAAAGGGAAACAGAGUGUGAAUCUUCUUCAGAUAUUUGCUGAUUUGGACGAUCAUUUUCUUAAGGCUUCAGAGAGUGCUCGUGAGGUUUCAAAGAUGCUUGAGGCCACGCGUCUCCACUAUCAUUCCAAUUUUGCUGAUAACACAGGACACAUUGAUCAUUCUGCGAAGGUGAUGCAAGUUAUUACAUGGAAUCGAUCCUUUAGAGGGAUACCUAAUUCGGAUGAUGCAAAAGAUGACUUUGACUCGGAGAAGCAUGAAACUCUUGCUACUGUCUUGGACAAGUUGCAAGCAUGGGAAAAAAAACUUUAUGAUGAAGUUAAGGCUGCUGAGAUAAAGAAAUUUGAGUACCAAAGAAAGGUAGCGGCGCUUCACAAGCUCAAGGAAAGAGGAACAAACUCGGAAGCUUUGCAGAAAGCAAAAGCAACCGUUAGUCAUUUGCAUACGACCUACAUUGUGGAUAUGCAAUCCAUGGAUUCAACUGUCUCUGAGAUUAACCAUUUACGUGAUCAACGGCUGUACCCAAAACUUGUUCAGCUUGUUCAAGGGAUGGCCACAAUGUGGGAAAGGAUGCGGGCACACCAUGAGCGGCAAUCAAGUAUUGUGAUGUUAAUGAGAUCGCUGGAUAUUUCUGAGUCUUGUACUGAAACAAGCGAACAACAUCAUGAUAGAACAUACCAGUUACUGAUUGUUGUGCAAGAGUGGCAGUCACAGUUUGAGAAGCUAAUAAACAAUCAAAAGGGAUACAUAAAGGCCCUAAACAGUUGGUUAAGACUGAAUCUUAUCCCUAUUGAGAGUGAUCUCAAGGAAAAUAUUUCUUCACCACCAAGAGUUAAAAGUCCUCCCAUACGAAGCCUUCUCCAUGCUUGGCAAGAUCAACUAGAAAAACUUCCUGAUGAGCUUGCUAGGACAGCCAUAGCUAACUUUGCUGCUGUGGUAGAUACUAUUUUCCACCAGCAAGAAGAAGAGAAGGUUUUAAAGAAAAAAUGUGAGGAGACACAAAAGGAGUAUUCACGCAAAAGAAAGCAGUUUAAUGACUGGGAGCACAAGUAUAAGCAAAAGAGAAUGCCAGAUGAGUUUGAUCGAGAUAGGCCAGGUGGUAAUGAUGAUUCUGAUGAGGUUGUUAAAGAGAAGCAACUUUUGGUUGAAUUAAUGAAGAAGAGAUUGGAUGAAGAGGAAGAAGCCUAUGCAAAACACUGCCUACAGGUUAGGCAAAAAACUUUGGUGAGUCUAAAAAAUCAGUUGCCGGAGCUUUUUAGGGCUAUGUCAGAUUUUUCUCUUGAAUGUUCCAAAAUGUACAUUGAAUUAAGGUCCUUAUAACAAAAACUAAGUUCAAGGCAGGACUCCUCAUGAGAAUGGAU